AUGACCACCCUGCUGAGGGGAGCCGCGUUCAUCACGGGUGCAGCAUCAGGCAUCGGUCAAUACACGGCCCUCGCCUUCGCCAAGCACGGCAUGACGCACCUCGCCCUGGCCGACAUCAACGGCCCCCUCCUCGCCAAGGCGAACGCAGCCCUGCAAGCCCAGCACCCGGCCCUCGAGAUCCUGUCCCUCGACCUCGACGUGCAGAAGCCCGAGCAAGUCGACCGCGGCAUCGCCGAGACGGUCCGCCGCUUCCGGCGCCUCGACGUCGCCGUCAACAACGCCGGCAUCGGCGGCUCCGGCCGCGCCACGCACGAGCUCGACGAGGCCGAGUUCGCCCGCGUCCUCGACGUCGACCUCCACGGCGUCUGGCGCUGCCAGCGCGCCGAGCUGCGCGCCAUGCUCGCCCAGGACGACCUUGGCCCCCGCCGCGGCCGCGGCCGCAUCGUCAACGUCGCCUCCAUGUACGGCCUCGUCGCCCCCGCCCACCACCUCGCCCACACGGCCUACACGGCGGCCAAGCACGGCGUCCUCGGCCUCACGCGCGCCGACGCCAACACGUAUGGCCCGCGCGGCAUCCGCGUCAAUGCCAUCUGUCCCGGCUACGUCGAGACGCCGCUCGUGCAAAAGGCCAUGUCCGCCGCCGCCGACUCGCCCCUCGCCAACGAUAUCGCCCGGACGCCGCUGCAGCGGAUCAUGCAGAUGGAGGAGGUCGCCGACUGCAUCGCGUUCCUGGCCUCGGACAUGAGCAGUGCUAUGCAGGGCGCGGCCCUCGUUGCAGACGGUGGCUUCACGAUACAAUGA